AUGCGUAAGUGCAAGGUUUUUGUAGGUAAUUCUCAUCCAGAAUUAGGUAACCAAGUUUGUGAAAGAUUAGGUAUUGAGCCAGCUCCAUGCACUUUGAAGAAAUUCGCUAAUGGUGAAACUUCUGUUCAAAUCGGCGUAUCCGUUCGUGACGAGGAUGUGUACGUCAUUCAAUCUGGUUCUCCAACUAUUAAUGACCAUAUCAUGGAACUUCUGAUUUUGGUCUCUGCAUGCAGAGGGGGUUCAGCAAGAAAAAUUACGGCCGUCAUUCCUCAAUUUCCAUACUCAAAGCAAUGUAAAAUGAAAAAACACAGAGGUGCUAUCACCGCAAGAAUGUUAGCUAAUUUGUUAAUUAUGGCAGGUGCUGACCAUGUGGUCUCUAUGGACUUACAUGCCUCUCAAAUGCAAGGCUUCUUCACUAAACCAGUCGAUAACUUGUAUGGUGGUCCAAGUUUAGCCAAAUGGAUCAGAGAAAAUAUCCCAGAUUACAAAGAUGCCGUUGUUGUCUCUAAAAAUGCUGGUGGCACUAAGAGAGUUACCGCUUUGGCCGACUCCUUACAGAUCAACUUCGCAAUGAUUCAUACAGAUCGUCGUCGUUCUAAGGAUCUUUAUUCUCAAAAUAGAGACCUAAAACAAUUAAAACAAAGAAAACAAUCUAUGCUAAGAAAAAAUAGACCAAUUAUUAGACAAGGUGACAAUCCAAAUGAACAAGAAAAUAUCAUUCUAACCAAUGGUAUUCAAACUGCCAGAAUUCGUAAUGGUCAUGUUAUCGGUGACGAUGAAGAAGACGUUACAUCAGACGAAGUAGCUAUGGAGUCUGACGAUGGCGAAACUUCGUCUCUAUUGACCAAUGAUGCCUAUGCUCUAGGUGGUACAUAUGAUGCUGGCGAUUCUGAAGAUGAAGAGGGCAACGAUGAUGUUCCAAAGGAAAAAUUGAUUACUCUGGUUGGUAAUGUUCAUGACCGUGCCGCGAUUAUCUUAGAUGAUAUGAUUGACAGACCAGGCUCUUUUGUCUCUGCUGCUGAACAUUUAGUCCAAAAUUGUGGUGCUAAAAGAGUAUACGUCCUUGCUACACACGGUAUCUUCACUGGUGAUUGUUUAGAAGAAUUAGAAAAAUCUGAAUACAUUCACCAGAUUGUUGUCACUAAUACUUACCCAAUAUCUGCUGAGCGUUUAAACAACUCCAAAAAGUUGAUUACAAUUGAUGUCUCUCCUAUCUUCGCCGAAUGUAUUCGUCGUGAUCACUAUGGGGAAAGUAUAUCUGUUUUAUUUGACUCUUUAGCUUCUCUCUGA